AUGAGGGUUAUCAUUGUAGGCGCCGGUAUAGGUGGUCUAACAUGUGCUAUAGCCUGUCGACGCGAAAAAUUGGAUGUGAUUGUCCUCGAACGCAGCUCUGAACUUUUGCCCGCUGGGGCGGGUAUUCAAAUUCCUCCCAAUGGCGUGCGGGUAUUGGAGGCACUAGACCUCAAGCAACAGGUCUUAGAGAAAGGGGCGAUUGUCGAAUCAAUGGAUCUUCGACGGUACAAGGACGGUGGACUCAUUACAUCUAUGGAAUGUGGUCAGACAGUCGCUCGCGAGUAUGGAGCUCCAUGGGUUAUCAUUCACCGAGCGGAUUAUCAGCAAAUUCUAUUCAAUAGGGCUAUGCUUCUAGGUGUGGAGAUACGUUUCGGAGCUAAUGCCAAUGAUCUGGAUGUUGAGGACACACUGGUUGUUCUCGAAGGUGGUGAGGUAGUGACAGGGGAUAUUAUCAUUGGCGCCGAUGGGCUAUGGUCAAAACUCAGAGACACGAUUUCUGAUCGACCUGUUCCACUCAUUGAGACGGGUGACAUGGCCUACCGUGCAGUUUUCCCAAGGAGGCAACUUGAGGCCCUUCGCGAUCCGGAGAUAGACAGCCUUUGUAGCAAGACUUCUGUCACUGCCUGGCUAGGGCCAGAGAAGCAUGCCGUCUUCUAUCCGGUACGAGGUGGUGAAGAAUAUAAUCUGGUUCUGCUGCAACCUGACAAUUUGCCUACUGGAGUACGUACCAAUGAGGGUGACUUGGAGGAAAUGAAAUCGGGGUUUCACAAUUGGGACGCAACACUUCAGAGGUUGAUCUCUUGCAUAUCAUCGGUGGUUAGGUGGAAGCUAUGCCACCUGCCUGAACUAGAUACCUGGAGCAAGGGGUCGGUCACACUACUAGGAGACGCUUGUCACCCAACGCUGCCAUAUCAAGCUCAAGGUGCUGCAAUGGCAGCAGAGGACGGCGCUGUGCUGGGAAUGCUAUUAGGCUUAGUUGCACAACGGCUAAAUAGCCACAAGAACUCUUCCGACGAGACACUUAGCAGUUUGAUCCAUGAGUCCCUCACGGUCUACGAGGACUUACGCAAGGCCCCCACUACAGCCAAUGUCAAUGGAGCAAUUAGAAACCGUGGCGCAUUUCACAUGCAAGAUGGUAUCCUGCAAUGGAUCCGCGAUUUUAUUCUGGGGCAUUCGGGUAUGACACGGGAGACUGACUGGGUUGGUCUCAUGUCAAGGCGUCAGGCCCGGGCUCUAGCAUCUGAUGCUAUUAGAGAGUGUAAAAGACGGAUAGGAGAAUCGUCAAUACAAUGA